CUCGUCCGUGUUCGUGUGUCAGCACCAUGGUCAGCACUCGGGCUCUCCUCCUCGCGGUCACCUGCUGCUACGCCUACCUGUGGCUCGCUCGCGCAGAGGACUCCUCACUGGAGACGCGCUCGUUGGAUUUCCCGCUGAAAACCCAACAGGAGAAGGACCUGAUCGACGCGUUGCAAGAAGUUCUGGAGAAGCUGCGGAGCAAAGAGAUGCCCUCAGAGAAAAAGCUUGGAUGGCUGCCUUCUUGUGACGCAGGGGAGCCGUGCGCCGUGCGUAAAGGCGCGCGUAUUGGCACGCUAUGCAGCUGUCCCCGGGGAACUGCCUGUAACUUUUAUGUCCUCAAAUGUUUGUGAAGAAAAAGAGAAGAAAGAAAAAACAAGAAAGAGAGAGUUCAGGGCUUUGGAGUCACAAAAUCUACUGUUAUCCUCUGUGUGACAAAAAAAAUAAAUGUAACAUGUGAUUAAUAAAGGACGCUUUUCUUUUAUAAACGUGGACCGGAAGUUGUUAGAAUAAUAGAUUUUAAUGUCUGUGUGCAUCUGUAUCUUCUUAUUUGUCCGCCAGGGAAGUUAUUUGUGUGGGGCUGUGGCAUUUUGUGAAAGACUCUGAAUGCAAGUUUUGUCCUAAAUAAUUUUUCCUCUUGGGUUUUGUUUGUUGUUGUUCCUGUUAUGGGGGGGAGAUAGUGAAGCUAUCUAUAGCACCAGGUUCAAAACUCUUUUGUAAGAUAAGGAGGUCAAUAAAUUAACAACUUAUA